GUCAGCGACGUAGGGCGGGCUGCUCUUGUGAUUGUUGUGAGGGUCCCGUAGGCUAAGGCCCAGCCCAGCCGGAGGCAGCUGCUGGAGGAAGGAAGAAGCUACAUGACUCCCUGAAGAGCGAGAAAAUGUUAUGUUGGGGGUGUUGGUCUUUUGGCCAGUCUGGGAUAGGUAGCAAUCUCCAAGCAAUCAUCCCUGAGCCACAGGUAUAUGGCUUCAUGCAUGACAGAAACAUCAAGGAGGUGGCUUGUGGAGGCAACCAUUCUGUUUUCUUACUGGAGAAUGGAGAUGUUUAUACCUGUGGCUUGAACACCAAAGGACAUCUAGGCCAUCAGAGAGAGGGAAGCAAGCCAGAGCAAAUUGGAGCAUUGGCAGAUCAGCACAUAGUCCAUGUUGCCUGUGGAGAGUCUCAUUGUGUGGCACUCAGUGACCAGGGCCAGAUCUUUUCAUGGGGCGCAGGUAGUGAUGGACAACUGGGGAUCACUACUACAGAACAUUUUGUGGCAGUACCAAGGUUAAUAAAGAACUUGAACCAACAGAUGAUACUGCAGGUUUCCUGUGGCAACUGGCAUUGCUUAGCUCUUGCGGCUGAUGGGCAGUUCUUCACAUGGGGACAGAACAACUAUGGCCAGCUGGGCCUGGGUAAAGAAUUCCCCUCUCAAACAAGCCCACAACGCGUCACAUCUCUUGAUGGCAUCCCCUUGGCUCAGAUUGUUGCUGGUGGAGCUCACAGCUUUGCCCUGUCUCUCUCCGGAGCUGUGUUUGGCUGGGGAAGGAACGACUCAGGACAGUUGGGCUUAAGUGAUGAGCAAGACCGAGAGGCCCCUUGCCAUGUGAAGCUCUUACGGACUCAGCAGGUCGUCUACAUUAGCUGUGGAGAAGAACACACAGCAGUUCUUACAAAGAGUGGAGGGGUGUUCACAUUUGGUGCGGGUUCCUGCGGGCAGCUUGGCCAUGAUUCCGUAAAUCAUGAGGUUAAUCCCCGGAGGGUUCUGGAGCUGAUGGGCAGCGAAGUAUCCCAGAUCGCUUGUGGCAGACAGCACACUCUGGCCUUUGUGCCUUCUUCAGGACUGAUCUAUGCCUUUGGCUGCGGAACAGAAGGCCAGCUGGGAACCGGACACACAUGCAAUGUUAAAUGCCCAUCUCCAGUGAAAGGUCACUGGGCGGCUCACAAUGGGCAGCUCUUAGGUCGAGCUGAUGCCUUUAAGUAUCACAUUGUUAAACACAUCUUCUGUGGAGGAGACCGAACAUUUGUACUUUGCUCCAAAUAUGAAAAUUCCUUGCCUGCUGAUGAUUUCCGGACCAUAAAUCCGUUACAUUACACUUGGUUAAUAAAUGAUGAAACUAUAGACAUUUGGAAACAAAAGCUAUUAGAACAAAACAACUCUAAUUCUAUCAAUGAGGCUGUGCAGAUAUUGUCAUCGGCUGCCUGUUGGAAUGGAAGCUUUCUGGAGAAGAAAAUCGAUGAACAUUUUAAAACCAGCCCCAAAAUCCCAGGAAUUGACCUGAAUUCCACCAGAACGUUCUUUGAGAAGCUAAUGAACUCCCAGCAUUCCAUCCUGCUAGACCAGAUCUUAAAGAGUUUUGAAAGCUUUUUGAUUCCUCAGCUAUCUAGCUCCCCACCAGAUGUUGAGGCAAUGAGAAUCUACCUGAUUCUCCCUGAAUUCCCCCUGUUUCAAGACUCGAAGCAUUACAUAACGUUAACACUUCCUCUGGCGAUGGCCAUUCUGCGACUCGAUACCAACCCCAGCAAAGUAUUAGAUAACUGGUGGUCUCAAGUAUGCCCAAGAUAUUUCCUGAGGUUAGUAAACCUCUAUAAAGGCACCGUAAUUUAUCUCCUGAAUGGAAGAAAAACAUUAUUAAUCCCUGUCCUGUUCAGUAGUUACAUUACAGCUGCUCUCAGACUGCUAGAGAAACUACACAAGGUGAAUCUGAAGAUUAAACAUGUGGAAUAUGACAAGUUUUAUAUCCCAGAGAUUUCCAAUUUGGUGGAUAUUCAAGAAGACUAUCUUAUUAAGCAUGCAGAGACAGCUGGGGUUAAAGUGAGACCAUCUAUUAUGCAGGAUGCAGUAACCCUCUGUUCUUAUCCUUUUAUCUUCGAUGCUCAAGCCAAGACCAAAAUGUUACAGACGGAUGCUGAAUUGCAGAUGCAGGUGGCAAUCAAUGGAGCAAAUUUGCAAAAUGUUUUCAUGCUUCUCACUCUGGAGCCUCUGCUGGCCAAAAGCCCUUUCCUAGUUCUUCACGUCCGCAGGAGCAACCUGGUUGGCGAUGCUUUGAGGGAGCUGAGCAUUCAUUCAGAUAUUGAUUUGAAGAAGCCUCUGAAGGUGAUCUUUGAUGGGGAGGAGGCUGUUGACGCUGGAGGAGUCACAAAAGAAUUCUUUCUCUUGUUGCUAAAAGAACUCUUGAAUCCCAUUUAUGGAAUGUUCACCUUCUAUCCCGAAUCAAACCUGCUGUGGUUUUCAGAUAUGUGUUUUGUAGAGCACAACUGGUUUCACUUGAUUGGCAUAGUAUGUGGACUUGCUAUAUAUAACUUCACUGUGGUAGACCUCCAUUUCCCGUUGGCCCUGUACAAAAAGUUGUUGAAUGUGAAGCCCUGCUUAGAAGACUUAAAGGAGCUGUCUCCUACAGAAGGAAGGAGUCUUCAGCAGCUUUUAGAUUAUCCUGGGGAUGAUGUAGAAGAAACAUUCUGCCUGAACUUUACAAUAUGCAGAGAAAGUUAUGGCGUGACAGAGCAGAAAAAGCUAAUACCCGAAGGAGACAAAAUUGCGGUGCAAAAGGACAAUAGACAGGAAUUUGUUGAUGCCUACUUAAAUUACAUCUUCAGUCUCUCAGUCCAUGAGUGGUAUAUUGCUUUCUCCACUGGCUUCCUGAAGGUGUGUGGAGGAAAGGUUCUGGAACUCUUCCAGCCCACAGAGCUGAGGGCCAUGAUAGUAGGAAACAGCAACUACAACUGGAAGGAAUUGGAAGAGUGUGCUGUCUACAAGGGGGACUACUCUGCUACACACCCAACAGUGAGAAUGUUCUGGGAAACCUUUCAUGACUUUCCCUCAGAAAAGAAGAAGAAAUUUCUUUUGUUCCUGACUGGCAGUGACCGCAUCCCUAUCUAUGGCAUGUCAAGCGUGCGUAUCAUCAUUCAGUCCACACUGCGUGGGGAGCAGUACCUGCCUGUAGCUCAUACCUGCUAUAACCUUCUCGACCUGCCCAAGUACCGCAGCAAGGAAACCCUGAGCAUGCGGCUUACACAAGCCAUCGACCACUAUGAAGGCUUUAGCUUGGCCUGAUUGCCAAGAGACACAAACACAACAAAUGGAGGGGGUGUUAUUUUUGUAACGUAAUGGAUUAGAAUGUUUUAUAAAAAUACUAGAAUCAAAAGGCACGGAGGCCAAGUGUGUCCCAGUCAAUCAUCUCUGGUAUUUUAGCAGAGACACUGUGCACCGAAGUCUCAAACCCACAGCAAACAAAAUCAGGUCAGCCUUCUUUUUUAGUGAGUAGUUUUUAUCCCCUAGCAGUGGCUUGCAGCUCUCUCCCCCCACCCUCCUUUUCUUUCAUCUUUGCUCCUCUUUGCAUUCCUGGCUGUGGGUGAAACGAUGAUUUUUUGUAAAAACUGUCCACCCUUCCCUUCUCCCCAGUGCAAGCUUGCAUAGAAUUACUAAACUUCAUCCCCAUUUCCCUCCUCCCUCCAGAACAGUUAGGUACUGGGUUGGGGGCACUAUGCAACACUUGUCUCUGAUCUCCCUUCUUAUGGUAUACACUCAUUCCAUUUGCACCAGAUUGUGGAUUAUGUGUUUUUUCUUCUGAUUGGGUCUUUGUGGCAUAGCCUUUUUUAAAGGGUUAGGUCACUUGUUUUAGUUCUGAAGAAAAACAAAAUGUAGAAAUUUGUAGCUUGGUAGAAGCUCCACUUACGAAUCCAACACAUACUACAAGUCUGCAGUAGUUCUAGUAGUUAACCUAGUUCUAGUUUCCUGCCUCAAAGGCAAGUGAUCCUGAUAAAAUGUGAGCUGCCAACUUCAAAGAAUCAGAAUCUAAUCUACAGGACUAUGUGAACCUACUUUUGAAGGCUUGUUCAUGUUUGGAAUCAGAUGAAAUCAGGAUUUUUAGUGCAACAUUUCUACUUGACACUUCGUGUCACCCUUAAAUUCUGGGACUUAUGGCAAUCUUUGUUAUGAAGCUUUUGCUGAUCAUGUUUGAAAUGUACAUGAAUGGUAGAGAAGCGGAUGAAUUAACUAUCCAUUUCCCAUAGAUUAAUGAGUUCUCUGUUUUUUUUCUGCUCCAUAAUCAGUUACAAUGGUGAACAAUCACUCAUUUCCCAAGAAUAUGUGUAAAUCGAAUUUUAAACUCAUGACUGUUGGAGAAUGGACAUUUAUAGAACAGACUAUUUAUGUUCCAUGUUUGAUUUGCAGUAUUGAACUUUGCACUUCCCUAACGAAAGGUUGUAAGCAUGGGGCUUUUUAAAUGUAUUGAUUUAAAUGCCUGUUUAUAAGACAGAUUUAAAGACAAAUAUUCAGCUAUAGCAAAUGUAAAUUUUCUAUGUGUGCGUGUACAUAGUUCCGUAUUAUGCAAUAAAUUUGAUGUUUAAUUCACUG